AAAUCACUCAUUUUUUCCACUCAAACGUUUUUCUUAACAACCUCAAAUUUCUACCUUCAACCUAAACAAGUAGUAACAUUUCAUUUAUUUAUUUAUUUACCCAUGUUUUUGUUCCAUGUUUUAGUUUUUUGAAGCAAAACUCAACCUUAGCAUGUUGUUUUCUUGGGGCAGAAGAUUCCAACAGUCUCUAAGACAUAACAUAAGGUUGUUGUGUACCCAAUCACAACGACCCACGUCAUCAUCAUCAUCUUCUUCUUCUACAUUGAGCUCUUUUGGUGGGCUCAGAAAUGGUGGUGAUGAAAGGGUCAGAGAUUUUGAGUAUUUUCUUAGAUCAAUAACUUCUGGGGUUGUGGUUGUUGGUUCUACCUUAGGUUUUUGGUAUUACUCUUCUUUAUCUUCUCCUGGUGCUAAUAACUCUUUGCAUUCAUUCUCUGAUUAUGCUACUGAAGAUCAGUUUCAACAAAAUUAUGAAAAUAAAUCCAAGUUUCUCUUCAAUGACAGUUAUAGAAGAAGAGUGUUCUUCAAUUAUGAAAAACGCAUUCGCUUGCAGAGUCCUCCCGAAAAGGUAUUCGAGUACUUUGCAUCGAAUAAAGCCCCUGGUGGUGAGGUUUUUAUGACACCAGCAGAUUUGAUGCGUGCUGUGGUUCCUGUGUUUCCUCCUUCCGAAUCAGGCCGUGUUAGGGAAGGUUUUCUGAGAGGGGAACAAGUUCCUGGCACGUUACAAUGCGCUCCUUCUGAAUUUUUUAUGCUCUUUGACACAAACAGUGAUGGACUCAUUUCUUUUCCAGAGUACAUAUUUUUUGUUACUCUUCUCAGCAUACCAGAAUCCAGCUUUUCAGUGGCAUUUAAAAUGUUUGAUAUCGACAAUAACGGGGAAAUAGACAAGGAAGAAUUCAAGAAAGUGAUGGCCUUGAUGCGAUCUCAAAACCGACAAGGGGCUAACCACAGAGACGGACGGCGUCUCGGCAUUAAAACUUCGAUAGAAAAUGGCGGUCUCUUGGAAGAUUUCUUUGGUAAAGAUGGAACGGAUUGCUUACAACAUGAAAAAUUUGUUCAAUUCUUAAGACAACUGCAUGAUGAGAUCUUGAGAUUAGAAUUUUCUCAUUAUGAUUACAAUAAAAAAGGAACCAUUUCCGCCAAAGAUUUUGCACUGUCCUUGGUUGCAUCUGCAGACAUCAAUCACAUAAACAAACUUCUGGACAGGGUCGACGAAUUAGACAAUGAUCCAGACAUACGAGAAAAAAGAAUUACAUUUGAGGAGUUCAAAGCUUUCGCUGAAUUGCGGAAGAAGUUACAGUCCUUCUCUCUAGCCUUAUUCAGUUAUGGAAAAGUUAAUGGAGUGUUGGGAAAAAAUGAUUUUCAAAGAGCGGCGUCUCAGGUAUGCGGUGUCCAAGUUACAGAUAACGUAGUUGACAUAAUUUUUCAUGUGUUUGAUGCUAACCGUGAUGGAAGCUUAAGUGCGAGCGAGUUUAUUCGAGUUACACAAAGGAGAGAAGACGGUACAUCACGUUAUGGCUUAAGGAGUAUGAUAUCAUGUUGGUUGAACUGUGUAACUAGUAAAUGUUCAUGAGCAGAACAUCCAUUUUCAACUCUAAAAGAAGGGUGGGACAUGCAUUUUUAUUUUACAGGAAUGGAUUCAAUUCAACCAUAUGCAGCUUCUAGUUCAAUCCUGUAGAGAUGGGAUUUGCAAUGACACUUGUCAAACUAUGAUGACAUGACUUCUGUCUGCUCAGAAAUGUACAGAUUCGUGUGUUGAUAGUUGAUACUUGUACAUAUUGAUCACAAAUGUUGCUUCUCUUAGCUUUUGUUUCAAAUUUGGUAAUCUUACCUUGGUGUUAAUGCUUGUAACAUAAGGUUUAACAUACAAUGACUAAAUUAGUUAUCAAAAGUUUAACUACAUCUCAUUCUUUGCAACUUCAGAGCAUUUUGAAGUCUGUUUUCCACAUAUGAAUUCUUGUCUGACUGACUAUAGUGUGUGCAGUGACAAAACUGAUUUUUAA